CGCGUGGUGCUGUAGGCCCAUCAACGUGGAACCAUGGGAGGCCUGGAGAAGAGGAAAUAUGAACGAGGUUCUGCCACCAACUACAUCACCCGAAACAAAGCCCGGAAGAAGCUGCAGCUGAGCUUGGCCGACUUCAGGCGGUUGUGCAUCCUAAAAGGCAUCUACCCCCAUGAGCCCAAACACAAGAAGAAGGUUAACAAGGGUUCCACAGCAGCCCGGACCUUCUAUCUCCUCAAGGACAUCAAAUUCCUCCUCCAUGAACCCAUCGUCAACAAGUUCCGGGAGUACAAGGUGUUUGUCCGGAAGCUCCGGAAGGCCUAUGGAAAGAGUGAGUGGGGCACUGUGGAACGUCUGAAGGACAACAAGCCUGUCUACAAGCUCGACCACAUCAUCAAGGAGCGGUACCCCACCUUCAUCGAUGCCCUGCGGGACUUGGAUGACGCCCUCUCCAUGUGCUUCCUGUUCUCCACCUUCCCCCGCACCGGCAAGUGCCACGUGCAGACCAUCCAGCUGUGCCGGAGGCUCAGUGUGGAGUUCCUGCACUAUGUCAUCGCCGCUCGCGCCCUGCGCAAGGUCUUCCUGUCCAUCAAAGGCAUUUACUACCAGGCCGAGGUGCUAGGGCAGCCCAUCGUCUGGAUCACACCCUACGCCUUCUCCCACAACCACCCGACAGAUGUGGACUACAGGGUCAUGGCCACCUUCACCGAGUUCUACACUACCCUUCUGGGCUUUGUCAACUUCCGCCUCUACCAGUCCCUCAACCUCCACUACCCCCCCAAGCUCGAGGGACAGACACAUGCCGAGUUGAAGGCCAGCGAGGGGUCCUAUGCACUGGACUCUGAGAGCUCUAUGGAGAAACUUGCUGCCCUGAGCGCCAGCCUGGCACGUGUGGUGGUGCCCACUGAAGAGGAGGAGGCUGAGAUGGAUGAGUUUCCCGCUGAUGGGGAGAUGGCGACACAGGAGGAGGACCGCAGGAAGGAGCUGGAGGCCCAGGAGAAGCACAAGAAACUCUUCGAGGGCCUGAAGUUCUUCCUGAACCGCGAGGUGCCCCGCGAGGCCCUGGCCUUCAUCAUCAGGAGUUUUGGGGGGGACGUGUCCUGGGACAAGUCUCUGUGCAUCGGGGCCACCUAUGACGUCACAGACCGGUGCAUCACCCACCAGAUUGUGGACCGGCCAGGGCAGAAGACCCCUGUCAUCGGCAGGUACUACGUGCAGCCUCAGUGGCUCUUUGACUCCGUGAACGCCCGGCUCCUCCUCCCUGUAGAAGACUACUUCCCUGGGGUGCCACUGCCCCCACACCUCUCACCGUUUGUGACCGAGAAGGAGGGUGACUACGUGCCACCCGAGAAGCUGAGGCUGCUGGCCCUGCAAAGGGGAGAGAAGCCAGGAAACUUGAAUGAAUCCGAAGAGGAGGAGGUGGAGGACAAUGAAGGUGAAGAGGAGGGAGAGGAGGAGGGAGAAGAUGAAGAGGAGGAGGAAGAAGAGGAGGCUGACUCAGAACAGGAGGAGGAGACCCGGCUGGCAGCCCUGGAGGAGCAGAGGAUGGAGGGGAAGAAGCCCAGGGUGACGGAAGGCACUGUGAAACUGGAGGACAAGCAGCGGCUGGCCCAGGAGGAGGAGAACGAGGCCAAGCGGCUGGCCAUCAUGAUGAUGAAGAAGAGAGAGAAGUACCUCUACCAGAAGAUCAUGUUUGGCAAGAGGCGCAAAGUGAGAGAGGCCAACAAGCUGGCGGCAAAGCGCAAAGCCCACGAUGAAGCGGUGAGGCGUGAGAAGAAAGCAAAGAAGGCAAGGCUGAUGUGAGAGCCAGCGGCUCA